AGGAGACUGUUGGAAACGGAACGUUGCCCGGUUUCAAUCUCCCCUUCUGGGACGAGGUUGCGUCGGCCAUUGCUGCAAGACCAGAAAUCGUUACUGGGUCCUACGAGGCCUACGUCUCCGUUGACACAUCCUUUUCGUCUCACUGGGUCCUACGAGGCCUACGUCUCCGUUGACACAUCCUUUUCGUCUCCAUUCUACGGUAGUUUGAGAAUGUUCCCAUCUGAUCUACGUCCCAAGAAGGGUGUCCGGACCGGAAAAGCCACCAUGAUCACCGGAGUGGACACUGGAAAGUUCAAUGCUAUGGUAGUCAACGCUUUGGUGAGAGAUUGGACUAAUUUCUGCCAAACAAACACAGCACCAAGCUUAGAAAAGUUGUAG